CUAUACCGAGAUAAGAAGCGCUUGCGCACUGCGUCAUCUUAUCACUUAUGAAUCAGCUGAUGAGAAAGAAGUAUUGUUGCCGAAGUUAAAGUAAAAAUUACAAAAUAUGUCGCUAAACACAGCACACACUAAUGGCGGUGUUCUUAUACACGCUGGAGAAUGCAUACUACUAUUUUGCGACAAUGUCACGAUGGAAUUUCAUGGGCAAGACCAGCCAGAAUUUAUUGGUACCAAACGGGGACGGUUAUACUUGACCACACACAGGAUGAUUUUUAAUGCUAAAGAUCAAAAGGAAAAGAUGCAGUCUUUUAGUUUCCCAUUUGUAACAUUAAGUGAAGUUGAAGUGGACCAGCCUAUGUUUGGUGCUAAUUACAUUAAAGGCAAAUGCCGUGCUCAACCAAAUGGCAAUUGGGUCGGAGAAUGUAAAUUCAAAUUGCAUUUCAAGAGCGGCGGUGCGAUAGAAUUUGGGCAAGCUAUGUUAAGAGCAGCAUCAAUGGCUCAACGCAACGGUCCUGGAUCAGAUGCACCACCACCCUAUCAACCACCAACAUCAAAUUGGUAUGCUGCACCGCCACCUGCCUACCAAGCCGCACCAACUGGAUAUUAUGGUUGGGUACCUCCAACUAACGUAUUUCCAGAAGUGCCACCAGCAAACACUGUAUUUAUGACGGAUAUGCCUCCUCCAUAUCCUGGUAUAAAUGCACCUUACCAAGGGUAUGCAAGCAGCGCACCACCGCAAGGAGCAUGGGGGAGUUCUACUCAACAAUCUGGCUGGACACCACCGCAACAAAAUGGAGCACCAGGGUGGGCUAAUCCAAAUUAUAAUGCCCAGCCAAUGUCUCAAGCAGAUGCAAAGGCAGCAGAAGCUGCUCAAAGUGCAUAUUAUGAUCCAAGCAGACCACAGUGUGCCUAUGUUCCACCUCCUGCAUACUAUGAAAGUCCACCAAGUUUCCAGCAAGCAACAGAGAAAAAGGACCAGUAAAAUUGCAUUUUUGGAGUCUGAAAAUAGUGGUGUAAAUUCAACACUACUAUUAUCUAAUUAGUAUUAUAUGUAUAAUACGCUGUACUGCAUAGAUACAGGUAUAUGCAUUCCAUUUUAGAUUUUGCUAUGAUGUUGUUUUGGUGUAUGCAACUAAAUGAAACCAUAUUUCUAUAUUUCCUAUGCUAUU